AUGUCUUAUUAUAUCAUUAAAGAAUAUACAGAACUUGUAAAAAUUUAUUUUAAGAGAAAUUCAUUGGAAAAAACUGCCAAUAUCUUUCAUAUUAAAUAUCUCAAUAAAUUUAAACCUGCUUCAGCGACUAUUUAUAAUCUUGUAAAUAAAUUUACUAGAACAGGAAAUGUUGCAGAUGAUCAUCAUUCUGGCUGUCCAAUAAGUGCAACUGUUCUUCAAGAAAAUCCACAACAAUUAACAAAUAAACUUGCAACAAAAAUUAAUAUUUCUCCUUUUA